AUGCCUCUCCCCCUCUCUUAUCCCGGCCUUAAAUGUGUACUUAAAAAUUUGGAGACAGUUAAGCGAGCCCAUAUUAUUGGACGUUCUCCAUGUCUUCAAAAGAUAGAUAAAUUGAUUCCACGUUGUCUCGAGAAUCUUCAUAUUGGAAAAUGGAAGCUAGUUAUCAACAAAUUAUGGAUUACAUGUAAUGAAGAUGAAAUAGAGAAUAAGAAAGCUACAGGAACUACUCUUGUGAUUGCAGCAGAUGGCAAAGGUUUUAUCAAAAAGAUGUUACGAAAGUUUGGAAAAGCGUUUGGAGAAUACAGAAGUGCUUUGGAUGAUGUUAAUGAGAGAUUUAUUCCCGGAUUGCCUAAGUUCUCCAUCCCAAUUAACAACGAGUCUAGAAUCCAAGUGUACGCAAUCGAGGAUCCAGAACUCUUUAAAGAUGAUUUUCCUUAUAACAUAAUUGUGAAAUCAAUAUCAGAAAUCUCUAGAAUAUAA